AUGGAAAAAUUGCUGAUAUUGACGGAACGACAGCAAACUGAAUUAAACUAUGCUAUAAUACAGUAUUUACAGCCAUUGUGUCAACAAGACAAUCAUGCUUUACUCGACCAACUUUCCAAAAUACUUAAUAUAGACCAAUGGACACAGGAGUCUAAUAAUGUUGAAAAAGUAGAUAAUUACUUGGAGAAAAGAUGGUCGACGGUUUUACGGCUUCAAAAGAAGAUCAUCGAUCUUGAAAAUGAAAUUAGUAAUUUGAAUAACAUUAUUAAUUCUUCUAAUUCCGAUAAUAAUGGUAUUGUUUUAAGUAAGGACAAAAUUAACUGGAUACCUAAGGGUACAGCUAAGCAAAGCUAUCAAUGUGAAAAUAUUGUAACGACUGUGAAGUUACAUCCAAAUUUACCCUUGGUGCUCAAUGGGUGCAACGAUGGAAAUCUAUAUAUAUGGAAUAUUUCCAAUGACGACAAUACGAUACCAGAAAAAAUGAUUAAAGCACAUACAAGAGCAAUCAACAAGAUAUGUUUUACCUAUAAAAAGCCAUACUAUUUGGCUACUUGUUCCUCCGAUUUAACUAUCAAAAUUUGGGAUGAGAAGUUUAAUCAUAUUCGUACGUUGAAUGGGCAUGAGCACACAGUUUCAUCAAUACAAUUUUCUCCAAUUGAUAAUAGCAUUUUGUAUUCUGUAUCACGAGACAAGAAUAUUCGAGUUUGGGAUAUUUUUCAAGGCAUAAGUUUAAAGAGUUUUGUGGGCCACAGUGAAUGGUGUCGAGAUUUAGAUAUUGUACUGCUGGAUAAUAACGGGGAUUUUGUGUUAACUUGUUCAAAUGACCAGCUGGCGAGAUUGUCUCAUGCAAGUAGUGGAGCAGGUUUAGCAAUGAUUGUUGGUCAUGGCCAUGUUGUGGAAACAGUCAAAUUUCUACCUGCAUUGCAAGCCAACAAAAUACUCGAUGAGUACAUAACUAAAAAUAUUGAGCAGUUUCCUACAAUACCUUUGGAACUACUAAAAGACAAGACAUAUAACCAGUUGGGCUUCAAAUACUGUAUAACUGCCAGUAGAGAUAACACGAUCAAGUUAUGGUUAAUUCCGCCUCCAAAAAUUGCACCCCAUAGACCACCACUUCCUUCAAAGUACAACAACUCUCAAAGUUGGAUGAUUGCCGAGCUCAGGGGUCAUCUGUCCUGGGUCAAAUGUUUAUGCGUGCAUCCAAAUGGGAGGUUUAUUAUUAGUGGUAGUGAUGAUAAGACAAUCAAGUUUUGGGAUUUGUCUAGCUUGUUGGAAACGGGGUCAGUAAAUGUGGUUAAAACUAUUAUAGGUCACGAUGGAUUCAUAAACGACAUUGAUUUUGCUCGGUUGAAGGAGGCAAGUGAUCUGACUCCAACUAGUCAGGAAGAUUUGUUGAAAGAAGUUGAAAAACGAAUGAGGUGUCUAUUUAUUAGCGGAAGUGCCGAUAAUUCAAUCAAACUAUGGAACUAA